UGACGUAGGGGGGACUAAAGGCCUUUCCAAGGGUCACUGCCGGGGUGGCACGUGGAAGGUGCCACCACCCUCGCCCGGCCUCGCCCAGCGCCGCUGCCACCGGCAAGAUGGUGACUCUGACCGACUUCCAGCGUAAGCGGGGAUUGGUGUGGGACUGGUUGGCUUUGGCCUCUUCUUUGUCCUUUUUGGGAUGCUCUUGUACUUCGACUCGGUGCUCCUGGCCUUUGGGAAUAUCCUCUUCCUCUCUGGCUUGGUCUUCAUCAUUGGCUUCAGGAGGACCUUCACCUUCUUUUUCCAGCGGCCAAAGCUGAAAGGCACCAGCUUCUUCUUUGGGGGGGUCCUCAUUGUCCUCCUGCGGUGGCCCCUCCUGGGCAUGCUGCUGGAGGCUUAUGGCUUCAUCAUCCUCUUCAGUGGGUUUUUCCCAGUGGCUUUUGGGUUUUUGGGCACCCUGACAAACAUCCCCAUUCUGAGCAAGCUCUUGCAGAAGGUGGGAGACAGCAGCUCCAUGGUGUGACCUGCGAGAUGGGCCACAUUGCUGGAGAUGGGAUGGCACGAGGGAGCCCUGGGUCCUGCUGUCCUGCCGUGAGCUGCUGCCUCAGCCCCAGCGCCAGCCAGAGCCACCCCUGCCGUGGGGACAGUGCCUGGCAGGGCUCCUGUGAGCAGCUCCUGAGAGAGACUCCAGGGCCCAGAGGCCGUUCCAGACAGGCUGCUGGAGGUACCAGCGUUAGUUUCUUCUUUUUGUCUUCCCCCUGUUCAAAGAUUUGAUUAAAAAAUAUGUCUGAGACCAAA